GUGCAGCCGUCAUUGCCUGAUCGUCUAGCGCAGGGCCUAGAAAAAGAUGGUGCUAGCAAUUCAGCCAUUGAUUUAUCGUCUUUCUCGACUCCAACAGCGCCUCCUGGACAUUCGACCCAGAAGGUCGCUAACAAGCAGUCUAAAAUCAUAGCCGAAGAACUUCCUUGUGGUCUUGAAACACCUCCAGGUCUUCGUGGUCUGGAACUAGCUCCCCCUCCUGGAUUUGGCCCACCACCAGGCUUUGAUAUUUCACGACAGGAUACACGUAAUUCAGAAGCGCAAGAAUCGUUUGUUGUCGACUCUGGAGCAGAAAGCGUAAAAAACAAGAAGGCACAAAGAAAUGGUAUGCCUCGAAAAACAAAAAAAUGA